UGGUUGCCCCAAGAAACGAAGACCACGCCCAGUAUUUGGAUGUACAGGCAAGAGACAUGUUGGUAUGGCCUACCUAUCAACCAGCAAAAACACAUUGGCCAGUGAAGCUCUUCCCUCCAGAGACAAAGACGAGAGAGCAAUUGAAAAGGUCUCUUUAGUUGUUUGUAGUUUUCUUUUUCCACGUAUCUCACUAUUCCCUAUUCCCUCG